UUUGGAAAUUCCCACUAGCAUCUUUGACAUGUAAAAAGUGCAAUACAAAAUAGUCCUUAAAGUCAUAGCGAAAUGUACUUAUUUUCAUUGCUCAGUAUAUAAACGUAUAGAUUAUCGCACUUACUCUACGCGCAUGCAGUAUUGAUAUGAAUGUGAUAGACAGAUAUCCGCGAGACACGUACGGCGUAUGCCAGUAUAUUUUCUUGUGAUAGAUACUUCGCUAGAAGUAACAGUGUUCUGUGAAUAGAUACAACCCGACCGAUGUGAGUUGGCUAAUAUUAUGAAUAAGUGAAUACGGAAUAUUAGCAUAUCAGAAUUCGGCGGAUUACCGAUACACGAAUGCAAGCUGUAGAAUAUCUUAGUGAAUACUAACAUAUCGGUAUCACCCUUAGUGAGGAUAUUGGUCAUUCUGUCAAUGAAAUUUUAGUCUGAAAUUUUUGCUUUAUAAAAUUCGUCAAAGAAAAACUGCGUUCAUAUCUAAUAUUAAAAACUAGAAUAUAUCUGUGUUAACAUGAACACCUUAGUCAGAAGAAGUUUUCAAGCAUUUAAUACCACAUUGAAGAUAUCCUGUCGCGCAUUUUCAGAAGCUGGAAUAAAUGACAAAAUUGAAAAAAUAGUAAAAAAUAACAAAGUCGUGGUGUUUAUGAAAGGCGUACCGGACGCGCCAAGAUGCGGUUUCAGUAAUGCUGUUGUGCAGAUUAUGAGGAUGCAUGCAGUUCCGUACGAGAGCCAUGAUGUGUUGAGUGAUGAAAAUCUUAGACAAGGUAUAAAAGAUUAUUCGAAUUGGCCUACAAUACCUCAAGUCUUUAUCAAUGGUGAAUUUGUUGGUGGUUGUGACAUAAUGCUGCAGAUGCACCAAUCUGGUGAACUCAUUGAGGAACUGAAGAAAGUGGGUAUAAAAAGUGCACUUUUAACAGCUGAAGAGGCAAAGCAAGGGGAGAAGAAAAAUUAAAAUACCCAUCUCAGGUAUUAUGUAUUUAAUUUUGUAGUUUUCUAUUUGUAUUAGAAAUUAUUGUUUUAAUUCAUUUUAAGUGGUGGUACUGUAUAGAAACAAAGACAUAAUUGUUAAAAUUAAAGUAUUUAUGAAGAAAUCUCUGAUGUAAUAAGAAUUUGUUAAAGUGUGACGAUUUUUUGUUUUUGAAAGCCCAAGUCCAUAUAUUAUUUGUGUUGUUUUAAUAAUUUUGUUGUAAUAGUUAUUGCUUAGUUUUAGGUAGUUAUUGUGAAAUAAAGUAAUGCAAGUUUAA